AUGUUUGCUUUAGUACCACUUGUUAACAUUCUGGCUGGUGGGAAUUUACAUGCACUAAAAUCAAUAUGGAAGGAUCUAAGAGAUCAUGUACCGAUUGUCAUAAUCGAUAAAAGUGGGCCCUUGGCUAAUAUAUUGUGUAAAUAUUUUAAGGCAACUAGUAACAUUAGUCAAAGUGACGAGCGUGUUGGUCAGAAUGGAAAUAGCAAUGAUCAUGACAACGACCUUGAUAGGUUUUUAAAUGAUCACUAUUUUGCUCUAGCUAAUGUAAAACAACCACAACUGUCAUUAAUACAUACCUCUGUAGAAAAUUCGAGUGUAUUGGGCAUACAUCUUAAAGAUAUUUACAAGGAUUUGCUCAAGCUCUACGAUGUUAUUCGACAAAAAGAGUAUAAGACCUCUGGCAAAACUUGUCUGAAUUUUCCACUUCGUAAUAAUAUACAUAUUUUAAAUCUUGAUUCAUCCAACACAUUACAAAACACAAUUUAUGGGGCUAUGGUUCAAGCAAAAAGCAAUCUCUCAAAAUACAAAAGCGCAAGCCGCAUUACCACUGAUGAUCGAUUACAUUUAGCGCUUCAUUGGGGUCUUCCAACUAUUCCGGGAGACCAAGCACUUAGUAAUACAAUCGACUGGAACGAUCAAAAACAAUCGGAUCCACUCAAUCUAUUGGACAAGAUUGAUCAAAGGCACACAUUUCAAAAGCCAAAUUAUUUGAAUGCUAUUCUUGAAAUUUUGGUUGGUGAUGUCAUGAUUCCUCUGUAUGAUCAUCAAUCGGAAUCGGAAUAUGAAUCACGAGAUAUUGAAUGCAUUUAUCGUGACAUUUAUCUGUGGUGUGUGCUCACUUAUCGACUUAACAUGGCAAAAGUUAUUCUUGGUAAAAUGAAAACUCGCAUAUGUUCAGCGCUUAUCGCCUCCAAAAUCCUGAAGUCCCUAACUAAGUAUGCACCGGAUCACGAAUCAAAAGAACAAUUAUAUUCAGAAGCGAAAAUGUUCGAAACAUAUGCCAUCGAGUUUGUGCGUUGUUCAUAUUUUUACAACAAACAACUAGCUUGCGAAUUGAUUAUUCGAAAGUUGAGUCUGUACGGAGAUGUAACAUGUCUUCAAAUGGCAAUUGAAGCAGAUAAUAAGAGAUUUUUAUCCGAAGACGCCUGUCAAGCAUUGCUAACAAAUAUAUGGUAUGAUAAAAUCGAUCCGGUUCAAGAACGAAACCGUCUUGUUGUUAACGUAAUCACAAUGGGUAUCUCACAAUUCUUCAUCUCCUUUUACGAAAAACGCUCUUAUAAAAUUCAUCCAGAGAAGGAAGGAAUUAAUGCAGUACCACCAACAGCUUCAGAACGGCGGUUAGUAUCUGGUUGA